UCUGGGAUUGAUUCGGUUUUCACCCUCUAAGAAAAGAAAGAUUCAGAUACUUAAAGAUGUCAGUGGAAUAAUUAGACCAUCAAGGAUGACCCUACUGCUUGGUCCUCCAGGUGCAGGAAAAACAACGUUAUUGCUGGCACUUGCUGGAAAGCUGGAUCGCAAUCUGAGGGAGUCCGGGAGAGUCACGUAUUGUGGACAUGAAUUGACUGAGUUUGUUCCACGAAGGACCUGUGCUUAUAUUAGUCAACACGACCUUCACUAUGGUGAAAUGACAGUAAGGGAGACAUUUGAUUUCUCAGGACGAUGUUUAGGUGUUGGCACCAGAUAUGAGUUGCUGGCAGAGCUCUCAAGACGAGAGAAAGAAGCAGAGAUUAAGCCAGACCCAGAGAUUGAUGCCUUCAUGAAGGCCACAGCAGUGGCAGGCCAGGAAACUAGCUUGGUCACAGAUUAUGUUCUCAAGAUUCUUGGAUUGGACAUUUGUGCGGAUAUUAUGGUUGGAGAUGCAAUGCGAAGGGGUAUUUCUGGUGGGCAAAAAAAGCGUGUGACAGCAGGAGAGAUGUUGGUUGGGCCAGCAAAGGUUUUCUUUAUGGAUGAAAUAUCAACAGGGUUGGACAGUUCUACCACUUUCCAGAUUUGUAGAUUCAUGAGGCAAAUGGUUCAUAUCAUGGAUGUAACAAUGGUUAUUUCGUUAUUACAGCCAGCACCGGAGACAUUUGAUCUUUUCGAUGACAUUAUCCUACUUUCGGAAGGUCAGAUUAUCUACCAGGGUCCACGUGAAAAAGUCCAAGAGUUCUUUGAAUCCAUGGGCUUCAAAUGCCCUGAAAGGAAGGGAGUUGCUGACUUUCUGCAAGAAGUAACUUCAAAGAAGGACCAAGAGCAAUAUUGGUUCAACAAGAACCAACCUUAUAGAUAUAUUUCAGUUCCUGAAUUUGUGCAGGGCUUCGACUCUUUCCACACUGGCCAACAGCUUACAUCAGAUCUUAGAGUUCCUUAUGAUAAAUCCAAAACACACCCUGCUGCAUUAGUCACAGAAAAAUAUGGCAUUUCAAAUUGGGAGCUGUUCAGAGCAUGUUUUUCGAGGGAGUGGUUAUUAAUGAAGCGCAACUCUUUUGUGUAUAUAUUCAAGACUACCCAGAUAACAAUAAUGUCAAUUAUUGCCUUCACUGUGUUUUUGAGAACACAAAUGCCAGUGGGCAAAAUAGCAGAUGGACAAAAAUUUUUUGGAGCUCUCUUUUUCAGUCUGAUCAAUGUCAUGUUUAAUGGGGUGGCAGAACUUGCAAUGACUGUUUUCAGGCUUCCUGUCUUCUAUAAACAGAGGGAUUUAUUGUUCUAUCCUGCUUGGGCUUUUGGCUUACCUAUAUGGAUUCUUAGGAUUCCACUGUCACUUAUGGAAUCAGCGAUAUGGAUUGUUCUUACAUACUACACUAUUGGUUUUGCUCCUGCUGCUAGCAGGUUCUUCCGACAGUUUUUGGCCUUCUUUGGCAUACAUCAGAUGGCUUUGUCACUCUUUCGGUUCGUUGCUGCAGUGGGAAGAACAGAAGUUCUUGCGAACAUGCUCGGUACCUUCACCUUGCUCAUUGUUUUCACACUUGGAGGUUUCAUUGUUGCCAAGAAUGACCUUGAGCCAUGGAUGAAAUGGGGAUACUAUGUUUCUCCUAUGAUGUAUGGACAAAAUGCCAUAGUCAUGAAUGAAUUUCUUGAUAAAAGAUGGAGUGCGGGCAAUACAGACUCCAGAUAUAAGGCAUCUACUGUUGGAAAAGUUCUUCUGGAGACCAGAGGCUUUUUUACACAAGAUUAUUGGUUUUGGAUCUGUGUUGGAGCAUUAUUUGCAUUUUCCCUUCUCUUUAACAUUUUAUUUAUUGCAGCACUGACUUUCUUGAAUCCUCUGGGUGAUUCCAAAGGAGCUGUUGUGAAUGAUGAUGAUAACAAAAAUAAGAAGUCAUCUUCAAAUGGAAAAGAAGGGAUUGAAUUGCCAGUGAGAAGUUCUACAGAAACUGUUAAUGCAACAGAUCAUGCACCAAAAAGAGGAAUGAUUUUACCUUUCCAACCACUUUCACUUGCAUUCAACCAUGUCAACUACCAUGUAGAUAUGCCUGCUGAAAUGAAGAGGCAAGGUGCUGAAGAAGACCGUCUUCAACUGCUACAAGACGUUAGUGGUGCUUUCAGACCAGGGAUAUUGACAGCACUAGUGGGUGUUAGUGGUGCUGGGAAGACAACCUUGAUGGAUGUUUUAGCAGGAAGAAAAACAGGUGGUUACACUGAAGGAAGUAUUAGCAUCUCUGGUUACCCAAAGAACCAAGCUACAUUUGCUCGUGUGAGCGGUUACUGUGAACAGAAUGACAUUCAUUCACCCCAUGUCACUGUCUAUGAAUCCAUACUGUACUCAGCCUGGCUCCGUCUUUCUUCUGACAUAGACUCUAGGACUAGAAAGGUGUUUGUUGAAGAAGUUAUGGAGUUGGUUGAGCUCAACCGAAUAAGAGAUGCCCUAGUUGGCCUUCCAGGAGUAGACGGUCUUUCAACGGAACAGAGGAAGAGGUUGACAAUAGCUGUAGAGUUGGUUGCUAACCCCUCAAUCAUCUUUAUGGAUGAGCCAACAUCUGGACUCGACGCCAGAGCUGCUGCCAUUGUCAUGCGAACGGUGAGAAAUACUGUGGAUACAGGGAGAACUGUUGUGUGCACAAUUCACCAGCCCAGCAUAGACAUCUUUGAAGCUUUUGAUGAAUUACUUUUGAUGAAAAGAGGAGGACAAGUCAUUUAUGCAGGACCUCUUGGUCGCCACUCUCACAAACUCAUAGAAUAUUUUGAGGCUGUACCAGGGGUUGCGAAGAUCAAUGAGGGAUAUAAUCCAGCGACGUGGAUGCUUGAGGUUACUUCUCCAGCAGUUGAGGCUCAGCUGAAAGUGAAUUUUGCAGAAAUUUAUGCCAAUUCCCCUCUUUAUCAGAAGAACCAAGAACUAAUCAAUACUCUCAGUACUCCAGCUCCUGGCUCCGAGGAUCUUUACUUCCCAACCAAAUAUUCUCAACCAUUCCAUAGCCAGUGCAGGGCUUGUUUCUGGAAACAGCACUGGUCUUAUUGGAGGAACCCUCAAUAUAAUGCUGUCCGCUUCUUCAGUACAAUAGUCAUCGGCAUCUUUUUUGGCCUAAUCUUCUGGAAGAAAGGGAAAAAGAUAUCAAAACAACAAGAUCUGACAAAUCUUCUUGGGGCAAUGUAUUCUGCUGUGCUUUUCCUUGGAGCUUGCAAUGCCUCUGCAGUGCAACCUAUUGUCGCAAUUGAGAGAACAGUCUUCUACCGUGAAAGAGCAGCUGGCAUGUAUUCUGCGCUGCCUUAUGCAUUCGCACAGGUUGCCAUAGAGACCAUCUACAAUGCAAUUCAAACUAGCUUCUACACUCUGCUUCUAUACUCGAUGAUCGGGUUUGAGUGGAAGGCAGUGAAAUUCUUCUGGUUCUUCUACUUAAUAUUCGCCUGUUUCGUUUACUUCACAUUGUAUGGGAUGAUGGUUGUUGCAUUGACUCCUGGCCACCAAAUUGCUGCCAUUGUCAUGUCCUUCUUCCUUAGCUUCUGGAACUUGUUUUCUGGUUUUAUGAUUCCCAGAAUGCAAAUCCCAAUAUGGUGGAGGUGGUACUAUUGGGCAUCUCCUGUGGCAUGGACAGUGUAUGGCCUUGUAACCUCUCAACUCGGCGAUGAAAGCGCUACUGUUGAGAUACCAGGAGCUGCUAAUGUCUCUCUAAAAAUAUUGCUCAAGCAAGGCUUGGGAUUCGAGUAUGAUUUUCUUCCGGCUGUUGGAGUGGCUCAUGUUGGUUUUUGUCUGCUCUUCGUCUUCGUUUUUGCUUAUGGCAUCAAGUUCCUCAACUUCCAAAGGAGAUAGAUUUUAGGACUACCUAUACAUUAUUUUAGAAACCAACAUGUACUUAGAUUUAAGUUUUUCUUUUUAAGUCAUUUUUUUAAAA